UUAUUUAGCGGUUAGACUCAAGUACCCACAAAGAGUGUUGUGAUUGAAACUUUUGAUGGUUUGCGUAUGUCCGGUAACACAGAGGAGGAUUGGAGUGUUUUCGAGGCCCUCUGCAGAACUACAAAUAUGGACGACGUUGACAUAGACAUAGUAACAUCGCUUCGUAGUGAGAUAGCUGCCCUACAAUACAAGAGGGACCAGCUUCAAUCGGACAUGGAAGAAAUGAGAUCACAAUUGACUUCCCGAGACCAAAGAUGUCUAGAUCUAAAAAUCGAGACCGACCAGCUUCGAGAACACGCAGCAAGGCAGAAUGCCGCAAUCGCUUCUUUGAAGAAACAUACGCAGGAUAUGGAGGAGAGGGAAAGGAAUUUGUUGGCUGUGCAAGCCAGGCAAGAGCAUACCAUUCAGAGUGCUCAUAAGGAUCUCAGGUAUAGCGAAGAAAAAAUUAAGGAGCUUGAAACGAAAAUUAGAAAGCUGGAAUUUGAUCUAAAUGCCGAAGAACAGAAAAAGGAAAGCUUGAAAUUACAAAUCCAAGAUUUUGUUAGAAGAUUAUCGGUAGCUUUAGGAGCUGAUCUGUUAGACUUUGCGUAUAUUAAUUCAGAAUCCCUGUUUCAUAAAGCUGCUGAAUUAAUACAGGAGACAGCAAGACUGCGCAAUAAAAUAUGUUCCAUUCAAGAUACUUUAGGUUCAGUUGAACUGGACCUUAAGAACUGUAGAGAAAACUUGGAACGUUCUUUGCUCGAAAAGGAAAGUCUCCAUCGUCAGUGUACAGGUCAAGUAAUGGAAAUAGAUAGACUGAAACAGGAGAAGCAAACUGUAGAGAUGCAGCAUCGAGUGCUAGAGCGAGACUUUGUGGAUGCCAAGAAUGAGUUAGCAGCAUCGAACAGAAGCCUUGAUAAGGCUACUGUAACCAUCGGGCAACAUGAAACUAUGAUUUGUCAGAUGAGAGAUGAUUUAGCACUAAAGGAAGAAAAAAUUCAAAGACUGUCCACCGACCACAAACAUAUUCUAGAUUCUGUAGCAAUUCUACUCAGCACACCCGCAAGAUUUGUGGAUUCAUCAGAAACUUCCAUCAAGGAUCGGAUACUUGAACUUAUGAACGACAAUAAUGAUAAAUCAGCUCAAGUGGAGAGGCUGCGGGAAAAACUAACGGCGGAAAGUCAACAGCUAGCUCGAUACGUGUCCCUCUACGACCAGGCCACCGUGAAGAUGAGAUCGCUGGAAGAUGAAAAAACUCACAUGGAUGCACAACUGCAGAAGGCCGACACAGAGAUUAACGCUUGCGAGAUUUCAAGAGAUGCUUUGAUAAGAGAUAAAUCUACGUUUGUCAAUUUUCUUGAACGUCUUGCAAGAGCAUUGAACAUGGAUGAGAUUUCCCAAGAUCUGGGAAUCGAUCUUCACACCGAGACGAUAUUAAUGAGAGCUGAACAACUGGCUAGACUAGAGAGUGAAAAAUUAGUAGACAAGAUUACCAAAUUAGUAUUUUUUGCAGAGUUUUCUUAUUUGACUCAGUUGUUGGUUACAAUGACAGACGAGAGUAAAUCACUUAUUCCCUACGAUAAGGACGAUUAUAAAUAUUACUGGCCAUAUGAUAAGGAUUACUACUACAAAUACAUAUGGCAAUAUGAUAAGGAUUAUUAUAAAUACUGUUGGCCCUAUUAUAAUGAUAAGGCAUUAUGUGAUUGGUAUUGGCCACGAAAAAAGACUACCCUGAUCUACCAACUUCAACGUAGAGUGAGAAAUCUUCGAGAGCAACUACAACGGAAAGAACUUCACUUAGAUCUACUACGAAGAAAAUUGUCGCUGCAAGAAGACAAUACGAGAACUAAAUGCGUGAUCCAAAACGAGCGCGAUGAAGCUAACCUACGAGUAAAGAAGCUGGUCAAGCAAGUGGAUCGGCUUCAGCUACAACUUGCCGAAGCCAAAAGUCAGAUUAGGGAUCUCAAUGCACAGCUGGCCGAAGCUGCAGAUUAUAAAAUAAUUUCUUUAGAAAAGGGUAGAAAACUCGAGGACCUUCAGAAACGCCUGAUCGAAUCAGAGACCCUUAGAAACAAAUGCAACCGGAAAGUGACUUUGCUAAAGGACCAGGUCCGCACCACUGGGGACACCGUGGAAAGAGAACGGAACAUCAGCGAGCACUCCAUUCAGCAUCUUCGGGACGAUUUGACUAGAGUCAAAGAAAAUUUGCUGGACGUUCAAAGACGCGAGGCUCAGUUGCAGAACUUCAAACAUUCGGUCGCUAAGAUACUUAACGUCGGCAUGCCGAUUCCUGAUUAUGAUUUAAUUUCCAGACUUCAAAAAUUGGUGGAUGCACAUCACGAUUUUACGUUAGUCUCCAGAAGAUACGAUGAUCCUGUCCUUAGAUUAGCUACAAGAAGCCCUACUGGUGGAAGUAGAUGCACUAGAACCCCAGAUAGGUCACGAUACGAUGAUUCAGGAUACAUCGAUGGGGUAGAUCUGGACGUUUAAAACAUAUAUAUAUAUAUAUAUAUAUAUAUAUAUAUAUAUAUAUAUAUAUACAAAACACGCACAAGACGGAAAACACGCACAAGACAACACGCCAU